AUGGCAGGAGGUAGGAAUGAUCGUGCAAUCGUUGAUGCUUUGCAAGCAAUGGCUCAAGCUCUUGGUACUUUGAACCAACAACCAGAGAUUUUUGAGGUUGAAAAGAUAUUCCAAGCUUUGGGAUGUCCUUUGGUGCAGAAGGUGACUUUGGCUGCCUUCAUGCUUUUUGGAGAGGCUGAGUUUCCACGAGAUGUGAGAUAUAGGAAACAGGUGAAAUUCCUUGAGUUGAAGCAAGGAGAGAAUUUUAUGGCUGAGUAUGUGACUAAGUUUGAAAACCUGGUUAGAUUCUGUCCCAUGUAUGAUGGUGUGGGUAAUGAAGAUGACAAGUGUGUGAAGUUUGUGAGUGGUCUUCGCCCUGAGAUCAAACAAGUUUUCAAUUACCAAGGGAUCACUCAAUAUCAUGAACUGGUAAACAAGUGUCGAGUCUAUGAUAAGGAUAAUCAUUCUAGAGUAACUCAUUAUAAGAGUGGAGGACCCAUGAAGAAUCAUAAUAAGUUUGGGUUAUCUAGUAAGGUAAACCUUACACCAAGUCUGUCAGGGAUUCGAGUUCUAAAGUGA